UAUACAUAAAAAUCGUUGUAGAUUGGUUGGUUACUGAUUAUCAGCUGAAUUUGCCGAUAUUGGAUGUUCAGCUAGUGUUUCAUCUCCUCAUGUUGAGGAUAGUGCAAGCAACAAAAACAUCAUCUUAGAAGAAAAGAGUCAGAAAGGAGUAACUACUGAAGAGAAGCCGUACUUAACUCCACCCGAACGCAGUAAUAUGGGAAAGGAUAAAGAAUACGAAAAAUGGGUGAAAGCAUUCUUAAGUCAAGCACAAGAGGAUUUUAAAAAGAAAUGGGACAGUCCUUCACACAAUACUGCUGGUCUUGAUGAAUUUGAAAGAAUAAAGACGCUUGGUACUGGUUCCUUUGGACGAGUUAUGCUGGUGCGGCAUCGUGAUAAUGGGAAGUUUUAUGCAAUGAAAAUUUUAGAUAAGCAAAAGGUUGUCAAGUUAAAACAAGUUGAACACACUCUUAAUGAGAAAAGAAUUUUGCAAGCUAUAGAAUUUCCAUUUUUAGUUAAACUUGAUUGGCACUUCAAGGACAAUUCAAAUUUAUAUAUGGUCUUAGAGUUCGUACCUGGUGGUGAAAUGUUUUCUCAUCUUAGACGUAUUGGCAGAUUUAGUGAACCGCAUUCCAGAUUCUAUGCUGCCCAAAUCGUUUUGGCAUUUGAAUAUCUGCACUCUUUAGAUCUAAUAUACAGAGAUUUGAAGCCAGAGAAUUUACUUAUUGAUGAAAAAGGUUAUAUAAAGGUGACAGACUUUGGUUUCGGAAAAAGAGUUAAAGGAAGAACUUGGACUUUAUGUGGAACACCUGAAUAUUUAGCACCUGAAAUUAUCCUGAGUAAGGGGUAUAACAAAGCUGUUGAUUGGUGGGCACUUGGUGUAUUGAUCUACGAAAUGGCUGCUGGUUACCCACCAUUCUUUGCAGAUCAACCAAUCCAGAUAUAUGAAAAGAUUGUUUCAGGAAAAAUGCGAUGUCCAUCUCAUUUUAGUCAAGACCUAAAAGACAUUUUAAAGAGUCUGUUGCAAGUAGAUUUAACGAAACGUUUUGGCAAUUUAAAGAAUGGCGUCUCUGAUAUUAAGAAUCACCGGUGGUUUUCCUCGACCGACUGGAUAGCUAUUUAUCAGAAAAGGGUUGAAGCUCCGUUUAUCCCGCGUUGUAAAGGUCCUGGCGAUCCAAGUAAUUUCGAUGAUUACGAAGAGGAAGCUCUACGCAUAUCUAGCACGGAAAAGUGUGCCAAAGAGUUUGCUGAUUUUUAGCUGUAUCGUGUUGUGCAUAUAAAGAUUGUUCUUCUAAAAGAUGACCACAAGUGCAAAUUUGUUAGAAACUGUUGGUAACGUUUGUAAUCAAACCGACCAAUCAAAGGAGCAUCUUUUUUGUGACCGUUAAAACUUUUUUGUUGUUAUUGAAUCAAUCUUUUUCUAUCUGGAUAUUCGCUAGAUUCGCAAGCCUACUCGCAAUCUUACGGACGCUGGGAAAGAAAAUGAUUUAUUAUCAAAUGUUUUUGUUUCCAACCUUCUUUCUUUGUAUAUAUAGAGAGACUACUCGAGAUAAUUUCAGAUUAACAUUAAAAGCACCUACUAUAAGUCAAAGCAUUCUUUUGAACUUUUAGUGAUACCCGUUUACAGGCCUUUUAAAACAAUUGCCUUGUUUUUUCACUACACAGGUUUCCAUGCAUGUACUGCUUGACUUGACGACUAUAUUUAUAAAAGACUAUAUAUAUAUGUAUCUGUUUAGAUAUAUCGCAUUUACUCUAUUAUUUCUGCGGCGAGAUUAGCGUUUCAGCCUUAAAAAUAAUUGGCGGUUUUAAUAGAGAGGCGGGAUUGUUUUCUUAACCAUGAAAAUCAGGUAACUAUUAUUUUAUAAAAGCCACAGAAUUUUGAUGUAUAAAAAAGCAUAAGUACGAAUAAAAUGGGACAAAUCAUAUGAAAUUGUCGUAAAAUGAUACUCACACUACUAUAUGCUGGAAAUAUUGAAGGACGUAGAUACGGUAAAGGUUUGAUAGAAUGCGGGAAUAAUAGGGUAAAUCGGUACGUAAUUCUUUUAGAGAAGUGUUGACUCGAAUAGGGUGUAUAUUACAAAUUCUCAGCUAUUGCUUUUCUUUCUGUAUUUCGUUUAUUAUUUUCCUCUGAAAGGUGAUUUUAUUUCUAUUAAUUUAUCGUUCAAAACGUUCUUUUGUCAAGAGUACGUAAGUUACGUAUCUUUUUGGGUGGGUGGAUUUCCACAUAUGAGCUUGCUAGAAACUUCAUAACCGUGAUUCUUGACUCUAUUUGCGUAUUAAACGACAGCUUGUAGUGGAAAUGCACUCCAAAUAAACUUUUUAGGUGUAUAAAUGUUAUUUGUUGUUUCUGUCGGGUUAAACGAGACAAACUUUAUGUACGAUAGUAUUAUUAUUAUAUGUGAGCUUAAAAGUAUAUAUAGGAGAAUCAUGUACAAUAAUUGUUGCUUCAGCCAAA